AUGGUUUUCCGACGUUGCGCGACGACGAGUCGCAGCCGUCGCAGGGACCGACAGCUGUCGCACAGUCUGCCAGUCGUCGCUUUGGCGCUGCUCGCCUUCGCAAUACGGCCGCUGGAAGGCGCCUCGAGCGGCGCCGGCUUCGUGAAUUCAUGGGCAAAUCAUCUCCUCCGCUACUCCAGCCUCCCUCGCCACGAACAAUCCACUGACGCGUCGCUCCUCCCAUCCUCGUUACAGUCCGCCCCAAUAUCAUCGCACAAGGCACCCGGCUCGUUUCUCCCAUCCGCCCUUCCUUCCGCCUCCGCCGCCAAAUCGCGCCGCGCCUCCACCGCCCCCGCGCUCCCCCAGCACCUUCCGCGUUUCCUCCACUCCGCGCAUUCUCAACCAUCCCCCGCCUCCGCCCCCGUGUGGCGCAACCGCGUCACCCUCUCCCGCGUAGCCGCGCUUCCGCCCGCCCCCCCGUCCGCGGGGAGCAGGAGGGUCGAGUUAGAAUCAACGGUGAAGCGCAAGGCGACAACGACUCGGCCAAAAUCCGUGCCGUCCACUUUGGGCGCUGCUGACCGUACGAUGCUGCUGAGUCGGAUGAACGAUGCGCGAGCGUCUGUUUCAGCCACAGCCGUCCCACGCCCAUCUGCCGCACUCCCAAACCUGACCUGGAGCGACACCCUGGCAGGCUCGGCGCAGGCCUGGGCAGCCAAAGAAGCAGGUUCGGUGUGCGCCGGGCCUGUGGACGCGUUCGGCAGCACUCUGUCCCUGUGGUCGCAGCAGCCUGGCAGUGCGUAUGGAGUGAGCUGGUACGGGUUUGAGUCGGCUGCUGCCUCCCCUGCCGGCAGCACUCCCUCUGACGCCCUCACCGCGUGGCUCUACGAGAAGGCCUUUUAUGAUCCCGUACGGAACCAGUGCGCGGACACGGACGACUGUGACGACUACCGCCAGAUUGUCUGGCGCACCACCACUGCUGUGGGCUGCGGCAUGGUCACAUGCACUGAGGCCAGCGCACCCAUCCCAACGUCUCUCUUCGUGCUCCUCUGCUAUUUCGACCCCCCCGGGAACCUCCCCAACCAGCACCCCUGGCUAUCCCUCCCCUCCCCGCCUUCCCCCUCCCCUCCCCCUCCCGCCACCCCUCCCCCUCGCCCACCCCCACCCUCUCCUCGCGCCGCCCCCACUCCCCCCCCACCUCCCCUCCGCGUGCCUCCCCCCAAAGCCUCCUCACCUCCCCCUCCUCCCCCUGUGCGGAGCCCUCCCCCCCGCCUCCCCCCGCCCGCUUCCCCCAGCCCUCCCCCUCCGCGCUCUUCCCCCUUGGGGGUGACCAGCGUGGGGGAAGGGGGGAGAGAGACACUGCUACAGGGGAUAAAUGGAGCGAGACUAGCAGUCCCCUCUGCCAGCCUGUCAGCGCUGACCUGGAGCGACGCCUUGGCCACGUCAGCGCAACAAUGGGCAGCCAAUCAGACAGCAUCCUUCUGCUCGGCCCCUCUAGACGCCUUCGGCUCAGCCCUCGCAUUCACCUCAGCCAUUCCUGUAGCCGCUGCCACCCUCCCCUCUCUGUUUGCUGCUGCUACAACCUCUCCUCUUGUGGGAAAGCGGAGCAGCAGCAAAAAGGGCAGCAGUGGGAGUGGCAGCAAGAGCAGUGGUACCAGCACGAGCAACAGCACGAGCGGCAGCAGCAGCGGCGGCGGCGGCAGUGCGUAUGGAGUGAGCUGGUACGGGUUUGAGUCGGCUGCUGCCGCUCCUGCCGGCAGCACUCCCUCUGACGUCAUCAGUGCCUGGCUCUAUGAGAAGCAGAACUACAACUCAGAAGCUGACACGUGUGCAGCAGGGGAGCUCUGCAGCAAUUACCGGCAGAUUGUGUGGAAGGCUGCUACAGCCGUGGGGUGUGGCAUGGCUGCUACAGCCGUGGGGUGUGGCAUGGUGGGUGUAAGGCUGCUACAGCCGUUGGGUGUGGCAUGGUGGGUUGUGGCACUUCGAUUAGAACUGCUGCAGCAAUCACCUAUGCCUCUCCCUCUUCCUCUGCUUCCACAUUCACUGCUGCGUCUUGCACCUCUCUCCCUCUGCCUAUGCCUUUCGAGUCAUCUCAAAUCCCACCUCACUUAUUCUUUCCUCCUGCCUUUCCCCCUGCCUCUUCCCAUGCCUCUCCCCCCUUGCCUCUCCCCCCUUGCCUCUCCCCCCUUGCCUCUCCCCCCUUGCCUCUCUCCCAUUGCCUCUCCCCCCUUGCCUCUCCCCCUCCCUCUCCCUCCACCAUACCUGACCACAUACCUACCAACCAUCCCAGGUUACUUGUUCAGAGACCCGUGCACCGUCCCCCACCACCCUCUUCACCCUCCUCUGCCUCUUCAACUCCCAAGCCUCCUCCAACCUACACCCUUGGCUCGCCUCCCCUCCCCCUCCUCCCUCUCCGCCCUCCCCUCCUCCAUCCCCCCCUCGCUCUCCCAACCCUCCCCCAUCCCCACCUCCCCCUCGCCGCCCUCCUCCUUCUCCACCUCUCCGCUCCCCUUCCCCUCCUCCCCCUGCUGCCCGCUCCCCGCCACCCCGCCCCCCUCCCCCUGUGCUGCGCCCCCCUUCCCCUCCCCCCCCGUCCCCCCCCCCUGCACGAGGGGCGGGUGUGCUGGGGGGAGUGGGGAGGGCGGAGCUGCUGGCGCUUAUCAACAGAGAGAGGUGGGUGGGGUGGGCGGAGUAUUUUGUCUAUUUGUGCGUGUGAACUUUGAGUCGACGUUAAGUCCCCCUGUGCGGGGGCCGUCUGUGCUAGGGGGAGGGGGGAGGGCGGAGCUUCUGGCGCUGAUAAAUCGAGAGAGGGCGUCUGCCAGCCUGUCAGCGCUGACCUGGAGCGACGCACUGGCCACGUCAGCGCAGCAGUGGGCAGCCAAUCAGACCGCAGCACUGUGCUCUGCCCCUCUAGAUGCCUUCGGCUCGCUCCUCCCUCUAGCCGCUACAACCGUACCUACAGCCGUGGCUUGGGGUGUGAGCUGGUACGGGUUUGAGUCGGCUGCUGCCUCACCUGAAGGCAGCGCUCCCUCUGACGCCAUCAGUGCCUGGCUCUAUGAGAAGCAGAACUACGAUCCAACCACCAAGACCUGCUCCCCUUUUGAUUCGUGCGACAACUACCGUCAGAUCGUCGGCAUCACAACCACAGCCAUCGGAUGUGGAACGAUUUCCUGCCUUGAGUCCAAAGCACCCAUCCCCACCGCUCUCUACAUCCUCAUGUGCUACUUCGACCCCCCUGGAUACACGCUAACCACCCGCCGCCGCUUCUAG